GCUAUAGAAAAGGAUUACAAACACCACAAAUCACAUAGCUCAAAAGCCUCCAAUGGCAUAUACUCACAAGUCAUCUUCUUUGAUGCCUUAGGACCCAAUAUUUAGGAGAAUAUCCAUAGCCCAUUUGCCAUUGUACCUUCAAGAUUCCUUCACCACAAACAAAUCAUUUUUACUUUCAACUACUAUUAAUCAAUCAACACAAAACCCAACUCAUACUAUAUUAUACUCAUCAUGAUACCCUCUCUCUCUUCUCAUUCUCUCUCUAUAAAUCCCACUCUCUCUCCUCCUUUUUUCCCCACACCCAUUUCUUCUUCUUCUUUGAGUUGCCACCCUGUUUCUUUUAGUGGUGAAACGAGCUUUGUUUGUGUUAGAACUGAACGGCCCAUUAGAGUUUGUUGCAAAAGAAAAUCUGGGCAGUUGAAAAGAUUUGAACUUGUUAAGGUUAGAGCUGAAGAAAAUAGUAAUAUGACUAUUAGAGAGUUUAGAGAUGAAGAGGAGGAUGAGGAGGAAAGCCCUCCUCUUUUGGUUGAUUCUGAAUCCAAUUCUAGACCUCGUCGUAUUGCUCUCUUUGUUGAGCCCUCUCCAUUUGCAUAUGUCUCAGGGUAUAAAAAUCGGUUCCAAAACUUUAUCAGAUAUUUACGUGAAAUGGGGGACGAGGUGAUGGUUGUGACAACACACGAAGGAGUACCUCAGGAGUUCUAUGGUGCAAAAUUGAUUGGAUCACGAAGCUUUCCCUGCCCCUUGUACGAUAAAGUGCCUCUUUCUCUAGCACUUAGCCCAAGAAUAAUUUCAGAAGUUGCACGGUUUAAGCCCGAUAUUAUACAUGCAUCGUCACCUGGCAUAAUGGUUUUUGGUGCUCUCAUUAUUGCAAAACUAUUGUGUGUCCCGAUAGUGAUGUCAUAUCACACUCAUGUCCCUGUAUACAUCCCAAGGUACACCUUUAGCUGGUUGGUGACACCCAUGUGGUUGGUUAUAAAAUUUCUUCACCGAGCAGCGGAUCUUACAUUGGUGCCAUCUGUUGCAAUUGGAAAGGAUCUUCAGGCAGCUAAGGUAACUGCAGCUAAUAAGAUACGCCUUUGGAAUAAGGGUGUUGAUUCUGAAAGCUUCCACCCUCGUUUUCGUUCUCAUGAAAUGCGAUGCAGAUUAAGCAACGGUGAGCCUGAUAAACCAUUGAUUGUCCAUGUCGGACGACUUGGAGUUGAGAAGAGUUUGGAUUUCCUCAAAAAGGUCAUGGAUAGGCUUCCAGGCGCAAGAAUCGCCUUCAUUGGAGAUGGACCAUAUCGCGCGGAACUGGAAGAGAUAUUCACUGGCAUGCCUGCUGUUUUUACAGGGAUGUUGGGAGGCGAUGAGCUCUCAGAGGCAUAUGCCAGCGGUGAUGUCUUUGCAAUGCCUUCAGAAUCCGAAACUCUUGGUCUCGUCGUUUUAGAGGCCAUGUCUUCGGGGAUUCCUGUUGUGGGAGUUCGUGCUGGUGGAAUCCCAGAUAUAAUUCCUCCCGAGCAGGAGGGCAAAACUGGUUAUCUGUUUAGUCCUGGGGAUCUAGAUGACUGCUUGAGCAAAUUAGAGCAAUUGCUAUAUAACCGCGAAUUGAGAGAAACCAUGGGCAAGGCAGCCCGCAAAGAAAUGGAGCAGUACGAUUGGAGGGCAGCUACGAAAAAAAUACGCAAUGAACAAUACAAUGCUGCAAUCUGGUUCUGGCGUAAGAACAGAGCACAGCUGCUGAGACCUAUCCAAUGGUUUGUAAAGCGCCUUUUUCCAUCUCCAGAAAUUAAUGUAUAGGCAUUUCAGAGACUGCAACAAAGAAUGACGGUCGUUGAAAUUGUAGACUAUGCUCUGGAUUUUAGCAGACUACUUAAGGGUUGUGAAUUGAUAAUUGAUUGUUUAUGAUACUUCAAUUGUUAAUUUUGUAAAUUAAGAAAAUAAUGAUCAGAUUUGUAGUGAAAUGAUUGGGAUAGUUUGUGUGAAAAAAACCCUUUUGAGAUGGAAAAGUAUAUAACAUAAUGAAGGUA